AUGGAGGCCUUUUGUCAGGCUGUUCAUGCAGCCACAGAGGCUGACUGCUGCUGCAAAGAUCCUGAGGAGCUUCACCACAUCUGGGACUGGAUCUGUGUUGUGGAAUACAUUGCACUGUGUGGUAAAAACAUUGAGAUUGAGCAGCCCCACAGCAUCACCUCUGAAGUUGUUGACACGUUCUGCAAGCACCCAUUCCAGUUGAAACUUCUCAGCAAUGAGGCAGAGGAGACCACACCUUGCCAGUUACAAGGGGAGAUUGCAUCUACCAAGAAAUGUGGCAAGGGAAAAGUCUUUUCGCCAUCUACCAUCAAGCACAAGGCAGAGCUUGCUCUCCAGAAAAAGUAUCUCCCCCAAUUCACCAAGCUGCUCACCAAGCUUCUUGGCCAACCAAUGCAAUUCCAUGAAUGGCUGAUCUACAUGCAUGACUUUACCAUCCACAGUGUGGACAUUCCUCUCAACAUCAAUGAUGCAGCAACUUGCCUAUUGAAGUCUUAUGGUGUUGGAUUCUACAUCUCCUCAUCUCCCUCCAACAUUGCCAACGCCAUCACCUCACUUGAGUCACACUCCACCCUCCAGGUCUUCUGCCUACUCCACUUCUACUACAGCUCCCCAACUUACUCCAGCUCCAUGCCCACCUCUGAACCUCUCAUCAGUGGCUUCAAUCCACAAGAGGGUCCACCAUCUGGCAUCCUCUGGCCAGUGACACCAUCCAAACCCUUCUGCUAUCUGCACCACAUCCCCAUCCCACACCCAACACAUGAGGUUGUCCACUCUGCUCCUGCUUUCCUCACUGCUCAAUCAUCAGACCACACUGCGCUUCACAUCAGCCUCUACAGCUUCCUCAUCCAGAGCUUAGAGCUUCCCAAUCCUUCUCCCCACCCCAUCACAUCGCCCACCACCCCCUACCACAUUCUCUAUCAGCCAAAUCCCACCUACUUCCUCUCCUUCUGUGCUGCCCUUUACUCCAGCUUUGUCUGCCUCUCCUCUACCCCCAUAGCAGAGGGCAACAUCUCCUCUCUCAGCAACUGGCUCCUCACCUUCCACUCUAAAUUCCUGGAGGAGUCAGAUCUCACAGCCAUCACUUCCUUCCUACAAGGCCUAACUUCACAUCCUACCCUUGCCCCUCUCACACCCAAGACCAGCUCCUCCUCCUCUUCCAGUCCACAGAAAGUGUGGAAGUCAUUGGCUAAUGUUUCCCUCCACUCUGUUCUGUUCCUCAUUCCAACAAAAUACAUUAGCCCUUUUUUUAGACUUAUGCCUUGA